AUGCGUAGUCAGGCUGAGAGGCUGAAUGGCCACAAGGGAACUGAGACACGGUCCCUACUCCUACGGGAGGUAGCGGUGAGGAAUAGAGACAAUGGGGGAAACCCUGAUCGCGCGAUGCUACGUGAAGGAGGAAGGUCUACGGAUUGUAAACUUCUUUACCAGAGGGUACUGACGCAAGAAUUGCCCUUUGGCAAAAAGUCACGACUAACUACGUGCCAGCAGUCGCG